GAAAUACUUAAGCGAAUGAAAUGCCCAAAAGUCGUAUUUAGCACUUUUCAAGUAAAGUUGUUAGAAGUCAAAGUCGCCUGAUUGUGUCAUACCUGUGAAGUCUCUACUCAAUACUUGAAAAGUAUUUAGCUAAAAUGUGGAAUUUAAAGGAUUCUGCCGCACACUUAUAUCGGCAAUAUGAGCUGGUCACCUGCAUCAAUAUGUUUGAGCCCUGGGAGAAGAAGCUAAUCAAUGGAAUCUUCUUGUUGAUGUUUGUGCUCUUGGUAUUCUCGAGCUGCGUCUAUUUGCCCAGCUAUAUGGACACGCUGAUUGAAAUUAUAAGGCCAGCAGCUGGAUCCAGUAAGGUGGAUGACCUGACAUAUGUGCCACAGAGAAUCAGCAGCAUGUAAGACAUG